UGAAUGCAGGAGAAAGACAAACAUCCCCGCUUAUGAUUGUUAUCUUUGAGUCGCGUACUACACACUUGUUCUUGCGGCGAAGACUCACUUGGGGCUCACUCUAAUAUGUUAUAUAGCUCUAUGGAUUAUAUGACGCGGUAUUUGUGGACAUAGUUUAGUAAAUGAGUUACGUGUGUUCUAAAACAUGUAUUGUCAAAAUCAGCUGCAGUUUACGCAAAUUUAACAGUUCAAUUGCGUAAGAAAAUAUCAUAGUAUGAUAUUUUCGGGGGAAUGAAUUGAUAAUCGCAGACAAUGGAGGAUGAUAUCGAUAUUUAUGCGGACUUGCCGAGUUUAACUUCUGACAAAAAUGGCCAAUCUUGCAAUUGUGAGGAUAUAAAGAAAGAACUUGAUUUACUCAAAAGCACACUCGAAAAUAUUCAGAAGGCGAAGGAGAACUUGGAAAAUAAUCUGUUUUCUUUGCUAAAAACUGCUAAGGCUGAAAUUGUACGGAAGGACAAGAUGAUAGAUGAUCUUAGAAAACGAUUGGAUGAUGUAGCCUUUAGAAGAAAUAAUAAAGGUGAAUCUCAAAGUUUUUCUGCUCACAAACCAUCACAUCAGAUGUCCACAAUUACCAAAACUUAUGAAAGUGUUUCUUCUAUCCAUUCAUAUGAAAAUGAAAAUGAUAAAUUGAAUCAAACUGAACUGCAUCGCAGCAAAUAUAAAAGCAUAAGGUCAGAGAAAAGCGUUGAUCAAAUAUCCACAGUAUUUGGAGAAAGACUACAUAAAAAAAUUAUAAAAGAAGAAAAAGAGGAAAAAAAGGUAAUAUCGUUGAAGCUUAAUCCAGAAAUUAAUACAAAGGAGACUUCAAAAGAGAAUAUUGUGGAAAGUGAUAAGGAAAAUGGUUCUCAACCCAACAUAAAUAAUGGCAAUGAAUCUAAUAUUGCUAUGAAAAACUCUAUUUCAGAAAUUUCCUACAGAAAUAAUUCAGAAAGGAGGAUGAGUGAAGAGGAUGAUACGCAUGAGACCAAGCGUUUUAAGAUUGAAGAUGAUAAGAAUGCGACCGGAAAAUCUAAUUAUAAUUUCAUUGUGCAGUCUAAUCCGAAUAGUUUUGUGCAAAAUGAGAUAAAAGAUAAUCCUGUGAAAUUAGAAGAUCGAUUGGAUGCUGUACAUUCCUUUAAAAAAGAACAAGUCUCCUUUGAUGCGAGACACAGAGCAAUUUCUGAGCACAAGGAUGUAAAACAGGAUCAAUAUUGUACAAAUGAAGGGAGAAAAAGAAGGAGAAGUAAUUCGAGAGAUCGCGAUAAUAUCAGAAGGAAAUCUAUUGACAGACAUUGGACCACCUCAGUCUCAGAAAGAUCUAACAGCGGCUACAAGGAAAGUAAUUAUAGAUAUAACUCGCGCAGUAGAAGUUAUUCUAGAAGCAGAAGUAAUCAAGAGAGUCUGAGCAACAAUCAUUUACGGAUAAGAUCGAAUAGUACUUACAGAAAUAGGAAGUAUGACGAUUGUAAAAACGACAGUCGGUACAGAAGCGAGAGAUCAAAGAGAGACUACAACAGCAAGGGAGACGAUAAAACAAAAUGUCGCAGCAGAGAGCGCAGUAAUCUGAGAGAUACGUCCAGAUAUGUGUCGAGCGAUAUUGAAGAUAGAGAGAGCGGUAAUUCGUGCAAAAAUAACAAAUACGAAAAGCACAGGACAAAAGAAGAAGAAGCAAAUGUUUCGGAUAGUAAAAGAUCACAUAAUGCUGCAGUAGAAAUCGACUUCCAAACAUCUAGUCGAACAGUUGUAAAUGCUGUAGUGAAUUAUAGUGCCAAGAAAGAUGCUGAAACAAAAAGCAAAUCAGAUAUUAAAUCUACGAAUUCGAGAAAAUUAAAAAGUUCUAUUACUGAAACUGCUGAUAACAUAAAGGAGACAAAUGAUGUUAAUUCUGCAAAUGACACUAAAAUCACGAAGAUGGAUGAUCUUAAUAUUAAAAACGCUAUUAAAAAGGAGGAAAUAAAUGAACCUAGUGAUAAAAAUGCUAUUAAAAUUUCAGAGGACAAUAAUUUUAUAACUGAUAGUAUUACUUGUAAAAUUGAUGAAGAAUUAAGUUCCACUAGUAAAAUUACAAAGGUCGAGGCUGUGCUUAAUUGUGAUAAUGAGAGUAGAGAUGAAAGUGAAAUAUUAGCAAAAACUAACAUUUUUGUUGGAAGAUUAGACAAAUGCAACACAAAAGCAAACCAUUCGUGCCUCAGUGAUCAUAAUUAUAAUCAGAAUCCUCCUGCGAGUGCGAAUGAUUUCGAUGCGGUCGAAGAGCCAACGAUUCUCGGCUGUCAUAAAACUGUUUCAGAAACAGUAAAAAUGAAGGAAAUGCAACUGGAAGAACCAGUCAACGUUCAAUCAGUCGAUAUUAAGAAGACAAUGUCACCUUUGGUGAGGAACAAGAAGGACCAACAGAACAAGGGGAUAGUAAUUUCGCGUCGUCGGAAAGCUGUGACAUUAAGCGACAGUAACGCAUCUAUGACUGUCCUGAUGAACACAAAUAUAAUGAAAACCUCCCCUGCUUCUGACAAUUGUAACGACAGCGAUUCCGUCUUGAAGCCGCGCGCUUGCAAGACAUCACGCGCAUCUAUAAAAGCGGCAUGUAAAUAAUCAUUAAUUUACGCACUUGUACAGAAUGUUAAUAAAAUUUUGGAUAUACAACCAAUAAGUGUUGAGUACGAAUAAAGAACGUACAAAGCGA